AAUAUAUCAUGGUAUCCCCAAAUUAAAAUUUUGAUGAUGGAGUGCGCGGUUUAAAAGACAAUACGCUUGAUUAUAACGAAUUUAGUUGUACUAUAGGAAUUAAUUUUAUACAAUGCAUUGUAAAAAAGCAUAUUUUGUAGAUUGUUAGCCAAUUGCUGAUUGGGGACCGAAGUAUAAUUACCGUGUGUUGUGGUGCGAGUGACGUUUUAGGUUAUACGAUUUUAAAUAAAGUUUAUAUUUUGAAGAAAUGGAUUCAGCACCAGCCCAAGAGGUGACGGAGCUCCUGAGGCAGUGGGAGGAGCAGCAUCAGUCGGCAAACUAUGACCCAAUACCGACUUUAACAAGGAUAGCGGAGAUAAUAGAAGCGGAGACGGAGAACUUCAUGAAGAAAGACCCGGACCCGUUCGACGAGCGGCACCCAUCGCGGACCGACCCCGAGUGCGCGCUCGGGCACGCGCUCAAGGUCAUGUUCAAGAAGGACAACUUUAUGACCAAGCUAGUAAACGACUACGUUCGCGACACUUACUACUCGCGUCAGAACAUAACCGGGCGUGACGUGCUGAAGCUGAACAUAGCUGCCUGCCGCCUCACGCUCGACCUUAUGCCCGGGCUCGAGAUGAGCGUCGUGUUCCAGGACAACGAGUCUCUCAUACACCGUCUGGUGAACUGGGCCACCAACUCGCCCGAGCCGCUGCAGUGCUACGCGACCGGACUACUGGCGGCCGCCAUGGAGGUGCAAGAGAUCGCGACCAACUUCCGGGAUCUGAACGCUAUGCUAGUGCCGAGAAUGCUAAAGAGGCUACACGAAUUGAGAAACAAAACGCUGGAUGAUAAGCCUUGCCAGAAUUCCGUCACGCCGCCGAGUCAAACUCGUCACUUCGCGCGAUUCGACAAGAAACGCAACCACGACCACAACGGCCGAAGCAACGGGCCCGCGCCCGACAAGAGAGGUACUGUAGCCCUUGCCAGUUCCGUCACGCCGCCGAGCCAGACGCGGCACUUCGCGCGAUUCGACAAGAAACGAAACCACGACCACAACGGGCGAAGCAACGGGCCCGCGCCCGACAAGAGAGGUACUAACUCCGUCACGCCGCCGAGCCAGACGCGGCACUUCGCGCGAUUCGACAAGAAGCGCAACCACGACCACAACGGGCGAAGCAACGGGCCCGCGCCCGACAAGAGAGGUACUAACUCCGUCACGCCGCCGAGCCAGACGCGGCACUUCGCGCGAUUCGACAAGAAGCGCAACCACGACCACAACGGGCGAAGCAACGGGCCCGCGCCCGACAAGAGAGACCGGGACAAAGACGAGGGAGGGGGAGGAGACAUGUUGGUGGAAGACGCGCCGCACCCGCGGGACCCAGAGACGCCCGUCAAAAACUUCAGCAAUUCAUCGAACGCAGCCUGCUCGCCGGAGCACUGGGGCAUGAUGUCGCCGCCGCCGCGCCCGCCGCCGCCCGCGCCGCUGCCGCACGAGACCUCCUCCAACUCCAGCUGGGCCGAGAUGGAGACCUACGUCAUCGGCAAUAUACAAAUUCACCCUCCGACAGACGCGACGAAACAGAUGUUGAUAUUGCGUUAUUUAACACCUAUGGGGGAAUAUCAAGAGUUCUUAUCACACGUGUUCGAACAAAACGCCCUUGGCCUGAUCCUGGGCUACUUGAACGUGCGUGAGUCGCGCGACUCGCGGCUCGCGUUCGAGGCUCUCAAGUACCUCGCGGCGCUGCUGUGCCACAAGAAGUUCUCCAUCGACUUCAUCAACAUGGGCGGCCUGCAGAAAUUUCUAGAAGUACCAAGACCAUCGGUGGCAGCCACCGGCGUGUCGAUAUGCCUGUACUACCUGGCGUACUGCGAGGACGCGAUGGAGCGAGUGUGCCUUCUGCCCCGCUCCACCCUCGCUGAUCUAGUCAAAUACGCGCUGUGGCUGCUAGAAUGCUCGCACGACUCGGGCCGCUGCCACGCGACCAUGUUCUUCGGGCUGUCCUUCCAGUUCCGCGUCAUCCUCGAGGAGUUCGACUAUCAGGACGGUCUCAGAAAGCUGUACAACGUGAUAUCGACGCUGCCGAUCCUCGGGUCGGAUGACGAGGAGAUGAGGGUAUCUGACGACGAGACGUGCGCCGCGCGACAGAUCGUCCGCCACGUUUGUGUGGCCACCCGCCGAUAUCUAGAGGCUCACUUGAGGCUACGGGCGGCGCAGGUGGCGAGGCAGCAAGGCGACAAUGUGCCCGAGCCGCCUCCUUAUAAGGCCUCAAAAUCGUCCCCGGAAGAGAUACAAGAGCAAAUAGAGCUGUUACAAAGCGUGGCCUGGUCGCGCUGGGCGCCGGUUGACGAGCUGGUGGAAUUAGGAGGCAUCUCGCUACUGCUACAAGUCGUUGGGUUCGCUUAUGAGUGGAACUUUAACGGCAGAUCAGAGACAGUCCGAUCGGCGUUAGACGUCGUUUCUGUUUGCUGCGUGGCGCCGCGAGUUCAACUUUUAUUGACUGAGAAAAUAGACAUGAGGGACGCUGAUCUCACUACGGGGGUUAACAUCGUGUUGGGAGCGGCGGACGGUGAAAUCGUAGCGGAGCCCGAGGUCCAAAAGGCAGCGUUGAAUGUGCUAGUCAACUGCGUCUGCGCGCCCGUGCAUAGAGCAGGCACGUCAACUACGCGUUUCUCGCUCACCGGCCCAAGCAAGAAGAAGACAGCGCUACGAUCGUACGAGGACGUCAUACAGAAGGUGUGGGAGAGCGUCAGAACUAACAACGGGAUUAUGGUCCUGCUAUCGCUGAUGAUGGUGAAAGCGCCUAUAACCGACGCGGACCGUCUCCGAGGCCUAGCUUGUCGAGCGCUGGCCGGGCUCGCGCGAUGUCCCACCGUGAGGCAGAUCAUAUCCAAGCUGCCGCUGUUCACCACCUCGCAGAUACAAGUGCUAAUGCGCGACCCGAUCCUGCAAGAGAAGCGGCAAGAGCACGUGAUGUUCCAGAAAUACGCUUUGGAACUAUUGGAGCGGGUGUCGGGAAAGAGCAAGCACAUGGGCGCCGAGUUCGAGACCUCGCUCGCCAACAUACACCGGGCAAACGUGGUAGCGCAAACCCGCAUAAACUACAACGAACGGCAACUACUACAACUGGUGGCGGAGCAUUUAUUAGCGAGGGGACUAUUAGAGUCGGCGGCGACAUUGCAGCGGGAGGCGGGGCUGCCGCCGCCCGCCGCCGCCGCGCCCGCGCCGCCGCCGCCGCCGGUCUACACACCUUCCACGCCGGUGCGGCCUCGCCUGUCAGCGUCACGAGCGAGCAGCACGGGCUCCCUGCACCGAGACAGCUUAGAUUUAAACCACCACCACGACGAGAGCAGUCCGCAGCCGCACGUCAUCAAGUUGAGAGUCUACACCAACAGGAAACUUCAGAGCCAAACGCCAGCGCUGUCAACGCCCAUAUCAUCGGCGUCAGAACACAAGCGCUCGCUGCAGAAGCAAAUGAGCGUGGCCACAGACACCACGCAGAGCCAGCACCGCAUCACGCUGCACAGCAUCAUCACCGAGUACCUUUACAACCAGCACGCGCUGUGCAAGAACCCCGUCGUCACUUGCCCGCAGUUCAACCUGUUCCACUUCUGGUCUGGGUGGAGAGGGGUAGGGGAGGCUAAAGGGGCGUCAGAACACAAGCGCUCGCUCCAGAAGCAAAUGAGCGUGGCCACAGACACCACGCAGAGCCAGCACCGCAUCACGCUGCACAGCAUCAUCACCGAGUACCUUUACAACCAGCACGCGCUGUGCAAGAACCCCGUCGUCACUUGCCCGCAGUUCAAUCUGUUCCACUUCUGGGCUAAAGGGGCGUCAGAACACAAGCGCUCGCUGCAGAAGCAAAUGAGCGUGGCCACAGACACCACGCAGAGCCAGCACCGCAUCACGCUGCACAGCAUCAUCACCGAGUACCUUUACAACCAGCACGCGCUGUGCAAGAACCCCGUCGUCACUUGUCCGCAGUUCAACCUGUUCCAAGGGGCGUCUGAAUACAAGCGUUCCCUCCAGAAGCAAAUGAGCGUGGCCACAGACACCACGCAGAGCCAGCACCGCAUCACGCUGCACAGCAUCAUCACCGAGUACCUUUACAACCAGCACGCGCUGUGCAAGAACCCCGUCGUCACUUGCCCGCAGUUCAACCUGUUCCAACCACACAAGUGCCCCGAUCCUCGUUCGACGUGGUCGGUGCUAUCCGGCGGUUGCGCUGCUAGCGUCUGCGCGAGAGUCUCGAGAAGAGAACUUGGCUACACGAGCGGCUGCCGUCGCGCGGACGCACGCCUCGUGCACUCGCACUUUGCGCCCGUGCGCACGCUGCGGCUACAAGACGACGAUGCUUACUUCACGCACACUAUAUUCCACCCAACGCAACAUCAGCUGUUAGCGGCGACGUCCUCGGGCGACAUUCGGAUAUUCAACCUGUUCAGCGGCGUCGAGGAGAGUUCAUACCAAGUGCACGACACUCUGCACGCAUAUAUUUGUCACAUGCAGGCGAGCAGAGACGGGUUACUACUACUAGCGUCAACGCCCACGACGUGGCGACCUCUGUCGGCGUUGUGGAACAUGAAAGAGUUUGAACAGUUAUUCCAACUAGACAACGAGGAAUACGUGGAGUUUUCCAAGAUGUCCGACGAGCGCAUCAUCGGGACACGAGGGGAGACGGCGACCAUCUUUGACACGCGCACCGGAAGCGAGUUGAUGACCCUGACGCCCGCCAUCAGUAAUCAGUACGCCAAGAACAGAGCGACGUUCAACCCUACUGACGAACUGGUGCUAUCUGAUGGCGUGCUCUGGGACGUGAACUCGGGCAAGGAAAUCCACAAGUUCGACAAACUGAACCAAACGCACAGCGGCGUGUUUCACCCCAACGGAUUAGAAGUAAUAUCAAAUACAGAAGUGUGGGACCUACGGACGUUCCAUCUACUUCGGACAGUGCCAACGUUAGACAAAUCAGAGGUGAUAUUCAACCCAACCUGCACGGCGCUAUACGCCGUGUGCUCCGACCAAGACUCGGAGGAGCGCAGCCAGUUUGACACCAGCUUCAAGACGCUCGACCCCUUCGACUACUCCAGUAUAGCGACGAUAGACGUGAAACGCAACAUCUACUCGCUAUCCGUAUCGCGCUGGGGCACGCAGAUAUCGCUGGUGGAAAACAUGGGCGACUUCGACCAGGUGCAGGAGUCGUGUGUCAAGGUGUACGACGUCGGCCGCAAGCGGGACCACGACGAUGAUGCGGAGGAGGAUGAGGAGGAAGAAUUGGCGGGAGGUUCGGAAAACGACGACGGAUCCAGCUCGCCCACAGACGCCGAGGACGAAUUAGCAAUAGCGUCGCUACGAGAUGCGGUCAUGGGCUUUAGAGGCGGCAGCUCGGGCAGCUCCGACGACGAGCCCGAGGCGCGCCCGAGGAGACGCCGGCCCCGCAGACGAGCGGCGGCAGCGGACAGCCAUAGCAGCGACAGCGACGGAGAGAACCUCGACCUGCCCGACAUCAUCGAGUUCGAGCUCGACUAGAGCCAAUAAACGUGUUAACAGUU